AGUCGCCCGAGGCGCUCGCGAAGAGGCCCGACGGCGAAGUUUGGCGAGAUACAGUACGCUCGUGGCCAGUGCUGGACACAGGUGUCUGGCAGAUGCCAAAAGAUAUUCGCUUUCUGCAAAGGGCGCAUAUGGUAUUAGCAUUCCUCGUACACUUCUACGUGCAUUCUACACCUACCGUCGACAACGCCACCACUAUUCUCAUCCCACGUUCCAUCGCCAUGCCAUUCGCCGCCGUCUCCGAUGCACUCGACAUGCCGCCAGUGAUGACUUUCGCGGACGUAGUUCUUUGGAACUGGGAACUAAUCCGCCCCGACGAGCCUCUCUCGGUAGGCAACAUCCGUUACGUGAACCUCCUCUCCGGGAACGAGACCGAGCGAGCUUUCUACGCGCUUUCGGGCGAGAUCGAGCUGAAGGGCGUCGAGAUGCUCCAAACCAUCGAGUCCUUCAUGACGCUUCCCAGCACCGCAGACGUCGCCGCCAUCAACAGCAUCUCUCGCAACCUGUCGAAUCUGAAGACUACCAUUGACGAGCUCACCUCAAUCUUCCAGUCGUGCCGCGACUCUGUCGACCCGCAGGCCUUCUACUGGCACUGCCGGCCAUGGUGGAACGGCUCGCCGCCCGCCGGCGCAUCUAAGCCCCAGUGGGUCUACGAGGGUGUUUCUUCGAGCAAGACGCAGAAUGUCGCGGGGCCGUCCGCCGGCCAGAGCAGCGUCAUGCACGCUCUCGACAUCUUCCUCGACAUCGACCACAAGCUCGCGCAGAAGCGCCAGCCCGCGCCAUCCGAGGCGAACAAGAAGGUCGCUGCGACGAACUUCAUGGAGCGUAUGCGCCUCUACAUGCCCGGUUUCCACCGCGAGUACCUCCAGUACCUCUCUGCGUCCCCGCGCUCGGUGCGCGAUGUCGCCCUGCGCCACCCGUCCCUGCGCGAGCCGUACAACGCGGCUGUGGCGGCGCUCAAGCGGCUCCGGGACGUCCACAUCCGAAUCGUGACGCUGUACGUCGUGACUCAGUCCCAUCGCGCGCCCCCACCAGACAUCCAGAUGCGCGAACGCGAUGGAGGUGUCGCACGAGGCACUGGCGGCAACGAGGCGUCGAAUCUCUUGAAACACGGUCGUGACGCAACGAAUCGGGCGAUGCUGCGGGACUAGAUGUACUCAGCCGCCCUGAACGGAAAAGUAAUUUGGUAGCUGGUUUCUGCCCGGCCAUCUCCUACAGCUUGGUAUAAUCACCGCUGACUUGAUAUUGUAUUUAUGACUGAAUUCCGGACAUUUAGACAGUUGUCAUGAGCUUAUGUAGCUAUAAUCUCCGUGUCACUCGCCUUAGGGUAUUGCAUUCACAAUUGUUCCUAACAUUAGCGUACACCUGUCCCCGUCACUUUUUGAUCUUGCUAUAGCCACAAUCAUAAUAACAUUAUCAG